AUGAUCUAACCAUAAUUGACGAGGAAUCGUUAUGAAGAUUUCUACGAAACAAAAAACCAAUUACUAGGAUAAGGUGCCUUUGCUUAAGUUUAUUUGGGUGUUAAAAAGUCGAAUAAAUAAAAGGUCGCUGUUAAAAUUAGCAAUAGAAAUCUUGCCAUUUCUCAACAAGAGAAAAUGAUUCUGACAUCUCUUUCGUAAUAUAGACACUAAAAUGUAGUUCAACUAUUGGAUAUAUUCGAUUAACCAGAAGCCUUAUUUAUAGUUCAAGAAUACUGUUCGGGCGGUACGUUAUAUGAAAUGAUGUCAAAUAAAACAUUUACAGAGGAAUAGAUUGUUAACAUAGCUCUGCAAGUAGCUCAUGGCUUGGCCUUCUUACAUAGUAAAAACAUAGUUCACAGAGAUAUCAAACCAGAAAAUAUCCUUAGAUCAAUAGAUGAGCAAGGUAUGGAAAUCUAUAAAAUCACUGAUUUUGGUCUAAGCAGCGUUAAAUUAGAUAGAAUGACUACCACUAAAGUUGGAACUGCCUAUUACGUGGCUCCAGAAAUACUCGAUAAAUAAUAGUAUGACAAAUCUGUUGAUGUUUGGGCACUUGGACUUAUAAUUGACGAGUUACUUCACAAAACACCCUUCUACAAUGGCUUGUCUGAAGAAGAAGUAUUCUUUAAAAUUAAGACUACCAAUUAUCUUAUUAGGGAUUAAUAAUACGCUCAAGCUACUAUAUUUGAUCAUAAAAAAAAUGUCAUAAAAAGUCUGUUACUAAAUUGCAUCUAAAAGGACCCUAAAUUAAGAAAAGAUCUCAAUUGGAUUAUUUAAACUAUUGCUGAAUACUAUCUCUAAAGUCCAAGCAGUUUUGAAAUACCAUAAAACCCAAAUAAUGAUAGAUACGUCUUUGCAGAUAUUUAACUAGUUUAGUAAUCACCUCUAUGUGAAUAAACACAGAAUUUCUAGUUACCUACUUAAUCAAAUGAUUCUUAAGUUGAAGAAUGUCCUUUGCAUCAUCAACCUAUUCGAUAUAGGAUGCCAGGUAUUAAUGACAAUUCAGUAACUAAUGCAUGUUAAAAAUGCUUACAAAUCUAUGGAAUCUUUGAUCAAUAAGAAUUCUAAUCCUAUUUAUCAUAAACUAACUUUGAAUUAAAUUCAUUCUCAGUAGAUACAUAUUUUUCAUAAAAUGAGAUUAUUAUAGAAGCACUUAGCUAUCUGAACUAAUUUAAAUUGUUUUAAGAAAAAGAAAAGCUAGUUUAAGAGUUGAGAAGCAUUGUGAUCAAACAUCAUCGGAAUCUGAGACAAGAAUAUAUCCAAUAUUAGGAUGACGUGAAAUCUAUGAAUACUAAUGCGAAAUGGAUUAAUGAAGCAUUAAAAGUCAACCUAAUUAAUCCUCAAGACAUGCCUAAUAAAAUUAUACAUUAUCUAAUAUCCAAAUGCAAUGAGAAAAAGGAGAUUUCUAUAUAGGAAUGCAGGCAAUUUAUAAAAGAAUAACUUAAGUUACUUUAAUAAUAUAUUGAUUCUAUAUGA